CCAAGUUACAAUAACAUUUUAUAACCAACCCUCUCUGAACACGUUGUGCAGCAAAAACAAUGGGAAGGCCAAAACCAGAAGACUCAAUUCGACAUUUCAGCCAUCCACAUCCCUUGUUCAGCUCAUCUCUCAAUCCUCAAGCCAACUCUUCUUGCGUGGUUUGCAAGUUUAAGCUCCUCAAUCUUCCCUCAUACACAUGUAAACCAUGCAACUUCCACAUCCACCUAAAAUGCUUCGAGUUGCCUCAAAAGAUCAGACACCCUUUCGACAAAAACCAUCUCCUGUCUCUAAUCUCUUCUCCCAAAUACCAAGGAGGGCAGUUCCGCUGUGACGCAUGUGGCAAAAAUGGUGACGGAUUCGCUUACCAUUGUGGAGAUUGCGGUAUCGAUCUUCACACGGUUUGUGCCAACAUGCCUUCUCGUGUCACUCACCAAUCUCACCCUCACCACCAACUUUCUUUAACGUUUUCCUUGAUGUCGCCUGGCGGGUCCGGAUCCGGAUCAAGAUCCGCUGCGGUGUCUAGCUUCCGCUGCAGUGUGUGUCAAGGACUCGGGUCUAACUCGUGGCUAUAUAGCUGUAAAGAGUGUGGUGGAUUCGAUGCUCAUUUGUUGUGUGCUAGAAGGAAACUAACUAGUCAUGGUCCAAACCGGAUGCAACCGCAGACGCCGUUUGUUGUUCCUAGUCCAGUUAUUAAUAAUCCUUUGGUGAUGCCAACAAUGAGUCCUAUCAUCAGACCUUUGAUUAACGAGAUGAUUAAUAAUCUUGUAAGCAAUACGCCACAAAGUCCAAGCCAAGUUUCUCAGCUUCUUGAUUUGCUCGGACCAUUUGGACUGGGGGGUGGAUCCGGUUCUUCUUCAUCUUCCGGUUAUCUAGGGUUUGACCCAUCGGUUUUCUCAUCGGUUAACCAACCAUUUGGACUGGGAAGUGGAUCCGGUUCUUCUUCAUCUUCCAGUUAUCUAGGGUUUGACCCGUCGGUUUUCUCAUCGGUUAACCAACCAUUUGGACCGUUGGGAGGUGGAUCUGGUCCUUCUUCAUCUUCCGGUUAUCUAGGAUUUGACCCGUCGGUUUUCUCAUCGGUUAACCAACCAUUUGGACUGGGAGGUGGAUCCGGUUCUUCUUCAUCUUUCGGUUAUCUAGGAUUUGACCCGUCGGGUUUCUCAUCUGUUGACCAACCAUUUGGGCUGGGAGGUGGUUUCGGUUCGCCUUCAUCUUCCGGUUAUCUAGGGUUUGACCCGUCGGUUUUCUCAUCUGUUGACCCUUCAGUGUUUGCUGGAUUCGAUCCUUCCUUGCUCUCAACGUUGUUCUCCGGACUUGGUUUUUUAUCCUAAAGACUAUAUUUUGUCUUUUUGCGUUUAUUACAAAAAAAUUACUGAAUGUUUUGUCUGAAUUACUAUGUUUAAUGGACUUUUUUUUUUCUGUCAACCUAUGUUUAAUAGACUUAUAAUAAUGUAUCUUGA